AUUGAGAUGGCCCACAGAGUUGCAACUGUUUUGUUUUGUGUCUCAACUUCAAACAUAAAUUCAAAUUUGGGUGGUGCCCAAUUACUUGAAAAAAUUAUAAAACUUAAAACUUUUAGUUUUCCCGUCUCAGUCUCUCUCGGUUUCAGUUUUUGUUCUGCUCAAUCUCAUGGCUUCUAAUCCCACCAAGGACGCGCCUGCUGGUAAAGAGAAGGUAGGAGGAUCAACGCCAACAUCGGAAACAUCUUCUGGUUCUACUAGAGAAUCACAAGGACGAACUGCACCUUCUGCCCGUGUACCCGGAUUUCCCCCCAAUCCUUUUGAUUUCUCUGCCAUGAAUGGCCUCCUUAAUGACCCAAGCAUUAAAGAACUAGCUGAACAGAUAUCAAAAGACACUGCAUUCAAUCAGAUGGCAGAGCAACUUCAGAAAACUUUUCAAGGUGUAUCACCUGAAGAUGGUAUCCCACAAUUUGAUACCCAACAAUAUUACUCCACCAUGCAACAGGUUAUGCAGAAUCCUCAGUUUAUGACUAUGGCUGAGCGUCUUGGUAAUGCAUUAAUGCAGGACCCAUCCAUGUCUGGUAUGCUGGAAAGCUUAUCAAACCCAUCACAAAAAGACCAGCUCGAGGAACGAAUGGCUCGAAUAAAGGAAGAUCCAUCUUUGAAACCUAUUUUAGAAGAGAUAGAGAGUGGUGGACCAGCUGCCAUGAUGAAGUACUGGAAUGAUAAAGAUGUGCUGCAGAAGUUGGGGGAAGCAAUGGGUCAUGCAAUUGCUGGAGAUCCAGCCACCUCUUCUGACAAUGCCGAGCAAGAUGUAUCAGAAGAAGUCGGGAAUGAGGAUGAAUCUAUUGUUCAUCAUACUGCUAGUGUUGGUGACGUUGAGGGUUUGAAAACUGCACUAGCCUCUGGUGCUGAUAAGGACGAAGAAGAUUCAGAAGGAAGGACAGCAUUGCAUUUUGCCUGUGGAUAUGGUGAGGUGAAGUGUGCUCAGAUCCUUCUUGAGGCUGGAGCAAAUGUAGAUGCAUUGGACAAGAAUAAGAACACAGCCCUUCACUAUGCAGCUGGGUAUGGCAGGAAGGAAUGUGUAGCCCUUCUAUUGAAGAAUGGCGCUGCAGUAACCCUUCAAAACAUGGAUGGCAAGACUCCCAUUGAUGUGGCUAAACUCAAUAGCCAGCACGAGGCAUUAAAGCUGUUGGAGAAGGAUGCUUUCCUGUAACCCAAGCAGGUGUAUGUUGGAUUUUGAUGGAUGCUACUGGGGCAUAUUCAGUGUGUUAGCUGAAUUUUAAGUUAAGCAGACAAACGACAUUGUGCUUUUGUCUACCUUGUGUUGCACCGGCAGUCUGAUUGCUGCACUUUUCAAAACAAUGUUAUAGUUCCAACACAAACGACAUUGUGCUGUUUUAUUUAUUUAUCCGUGAGGGGAUAACGUGUCUUUGUUGUAGUAACUACAGUUGUGCACACUUUAUGCAUGAUGUUACCUACUAUUAUUUCA